CAAAGUGCGCUAUCAGCUGCUGAAGGCUGGUCACACGAGCGGCGCGGGGACACCGGAUAGAAAGGGAGGGAGGGAGAGAGAGAGAGAGAGAGAGAGAGAGAGGGAGGGAGAGAGAGAGAGAGACUCUCUGGUGGUAGUUGCGGGUGUCGCUGGUCCAGAUGGGCGCGUCUCUCCUCGGCUGAUCCAGCCGCAGCCGGCGGUCACCCGAUGCAGCCCGAAGCCGGCCGCCCACAGUUGGAUAACCCUCAUCUCGCGGAGGACACUUGGCCAUCAGAACCGGCACCAUGCUCCCCCGUAACAUGCACAUGCGAACCGGUGGCUACGACCUGCCGGGGGUGGAGUCGAGCGACGUGCCUCUCAUUGGCUACCGGCCCUUGCAGCCCGACAGCCCGAGCCACCGAUCACGGAGGGGGAGCGGCGGCGGCGGCGAAUCGGAAACUUCACAGGCAGAGCCCUCGCCGAUGAAGACCACCUGGUACUGUCCUCUGGAUCUGUCCACUGUGGUGGAGGAGCAGGACGACGGGGUGAUCUACACGGUGGUGGUCAAGCAGCACCACGGCGCCCCCGGCAGCCUCACAUCGGUGGUCUCUCGCUCCCAGUGCCUGAAGGCGGGGACGGAGGAGAAGCUGGUGCUCCACCUGCUCCACUCCUUCUCUAUGGGCGACUCCUCCUUCAUCACCAUCUUCCUCUCCACCUAUCGAUCCUUCACCUCCACGGGCAGAGUACUGGACAUCCUCACCGACAGAUUGGAGAAUCCGCCCGGCGACAGCGAGAGGAGCCACACGAGACAAUCGUUCAACAAAGCGGUGUGUUCGGUGUUCAGCAACUGGCUCUCCGAGUAUCCCGAGGACUUCAAGUGUUUGGAGGGGCCCUCACACCUGCUGCGCCUGGUCCCCCUGCUCCCCAAGGACUCCCUGUCCGCGGUGGACCUCCGCGCUCGCCUCCUCCACAUCGCCGAGGAGCUCAGCGAGAAAGCCCUGCUCCCCGACGCCCGGAAAGAUCGGACCGGUUUCCCCAGCCCUCCUCCGGACGCCUCCAUGUUUGAAGCCACCAACGUUCUUGGAUUCCCCGCCGCCAUCAUCGCCGAGCAGCUCACCAGAAUAGAGACCGAGCUGUUCGUGCGCCUGGUCCCGUACCACUGCCUCGGCUCGCUGUGGUCUCAGAGGGACAAGAAAGGGAGGGAGGGCGUCUGCUGGUCCGUCCGGGCCACCAUACACCAGUUCAACAAGCUGGCCAACGCGGUGUUGGCGUCCUGCCUCUGGUCCACCAACCUGCGCAGCCAGCAGCGAGCCCGGCUGCUGGAGAAGUGGAUCAGCGUGGCCGAGGAGUGCCGUGCCAGGAAGAACUUCUCCUCUCUCUAUGCCAUCGUGUCUGCCCUGCAGAGUAACCCCAUCCACCGGCUGAGGAAGACGUGGCAGGACACCGACAGGGAGGCGGUGAAGAGAUACGAGGAGCUGUCGGAAAUAUUCUCAGACAAGGACAACUACUCGCAGAGCAGAGAGCUCCUGAAGGAGGAGGGAACCUCGAAGUUCGCCAACCUCGACCACCGGCUCAACAACAAACUUCUCAACCGGUCCCACGCGCAGGGCACCGUGCCAUACCUGGGCAUCUUCCUCACAGACCUCACCAUGCUGGACACGGCGGUCAAAGACAUGCUGGAUAACGGCUACAUCAACUUUGACAAAAGGAGGAGGGUGAGUGAGUUUGAGGUUCUAGCUCAGAUCCGCCUCCUGCAGUCGUCCUGCAAGAACUGCGUGUUCAGCGCCGACGGCGCCUUCGUGCGCUGGUACCAGAGCGUGCCCACGCUGACGGAGGAGGAGAGUUACAGACUGUCCAAUGAAAUCGAAGCGCCCGGUGAGCCGAGCCCCCGGGGCAUCACCCCAACAGUCAUCAUCACACAGUGCCCAGACCUGAGCCGCUCUCGGACCAGCCUGACGGGCGACAGCGAGAGCCUCUUUGACUUCCCCUCGCCCGUCAAUCACCUGCUCUCCAAACUCACCAAGCACAUGAGGUCUCCGUCCGUGUCCUGCCUGGACGUCGACACGUCGAGCUCGGCCAGCGAGUCCGGCUCCGCCGCGCAGACGCCGUCCACGCCCGUCAAAUCCCACCGCCGCUCCAUCUCCUGCGGCAACAACCCCCCCAACAACGUCCAGGGCUCGGGGCCCGACAUGAGGAUCAUCAGGAUACGGAUGGACCUGCAGGACGGAAACAUGUACCGGAGCAUCCUGGUGACGAGCAACGACAAGUCCCCCACUGUGAUCGGCUCGGCCUUAGAGAAGCACAGUCAGGACCCCAAGCAGACGUCCCGAUACGAGCUGAUCCAACUUCUGCCUGAAGGAAAAGAACUGGUCAUCCCGGCCACGGGGAACGUCUUCUACGCCAUGUCGUCGUCCAGCGUCGACUUCCUGCUGAGGAGGAAAGGCGGGAGCACUCCUCUGACCUCGGAGUCCAUCGAGACCAGCGCCACUUUCCCUCGGAUCAAGGCCAAGGGCAGGAGGCUGCUUGUUCUACCAAAAACACCAACACCAGGACCAGGUCUCCACCCCUCCGUCCUCCUCUCCUCCCAACAGUCCUCCUUUACACCCAUAGGGAGAGCAAUGGAGGCCUCGUGGUGCUCCGGCUCUCGAGUCCCAGUCAGGGAGCGACUUGAUUUGAUUUUCUUUCAUUCCUACUCGAUGAAAAAUAUCUUCUUCUUUUUUUUUUUUAAAUGCUCACAGCCGCCAGGAAAUACCACCCCAAAAAAUGUAAUCGCAUUUAAUUGUUCGUAACUCACCUGAGAUGCCGGAGGAGGAUGAAGGGAAGUGUGUUUCCACGGGGAAGAAGCUGAAUGAAAAGCCUGUCAGGCACACGGGAGGACGCCCGAAGAACAUCACCGGAGAGAAACACUGGAGCACGUCCAAUGAGGCAUCUAUAUAUAUAUAUAUAUAUAUGUAUAUGGGUGUUUUGUAUAUAUGUAUAUAUUUUGUACGUCUGUAUGAUGUCAUUGUGUUUACGCUGGCGAGGAGCUCUGGGGGGUCCACGUUUCCAAAAAAGGUUAGAGCGAGAGUCAUUAUUUCUGCUUUGACUCAUUUCAUUCAACACAGUCUUAAAGCUGCAUUAAUCAAUACAAAUGUAUUAGAUUAAUAUUCAUAUUGUGGAAGGCGACGCUUGUGUUGACGACCCUAAAAGGAUCUUCCCCUGCAGCUCAAGAGACAUUUUUGGCCCUUUUUUUUAGCGCUUUAAACUUCCUUCAUGGUUCCUUCUCAUCGCUGUCAUCACCCCGGUUAGCAUCUAGCUGGUGGAAAGAAGUCAAACAAAUAUCUUUUAAAGAUACAAAAUGUUUAAAGUCCAAAGUAACUCCAAAAAUAACUCAUAAUAUUAUUAUUAUUAUUAUUAUUUAAUUCAGUUUUUUUAAUAUAGCCCAAUAUCACAAAUGUGCCUCAGAGGGCUUUACAAUCUGUACACAUACUUUACAUCCCUGACCUUUGACCUCACAUCAGAUCAGGAAAAACUCCCAAAAGAAAUAGAACAAAAAACCUUUCAGGAGGAAAAAAAGUUAAGAAACCUUCAGGAGAGAAACGUAUUCAUUAUUAUCAUUAUUAUCAUCAUCAUCAGAAGGACCUAAAUACAACUCCAGAUGAAUGCUGAAUGAGUCCCUGUCGUGACUUUACACGCUGUCAUUCAGCUGGUUUGGAGUUCUUCUGUCCCCUAGUGGCCACAAGUUGAUUACUGCAGCUUAAAAAAAAAAAAGUAGCACUUUGAAAGCUUGUUUCUUUGCUUCAGUUAAACUAAAGCAAAAGUCCAGAUGUUUUCCAGGUCUGAACGUAUGGAAAGAGAAGGAGCACAACUUAAAUCCUGCCGGUUUCAUCUCCACUGUUUACAUACUUCCUGUCACGCGUCAACACGUCAACUUCAGUGUCGGUUUCAAACAAACAUCUUUUUUCUUUCGUUAGAUUUUUUUAAAUCUUGGGACUUUAUUCUAAAGGUCUGGCCUCUGGUCGCGUCCGCUCGGUGCCGGUGAGGCCUCCUCGCUGGCUGAGGCGCACAGCGGGGACCAGGGAGGGGGAUUCUGGGUAAUAAUCGAUGACGUGUGCUGGCGGUGUGCCGAGCUACUGAUUGUUUUUUAGUGCCUUUUCUGGACCAGGAUGCACGUCUUCCCCCGUGUUUGCAUUAGAAUGUAUCCGGUGUACCUCACAUCAAAAGCUCUUUAUGCACUACAUACAGUAUGUCCUAUUUUUGUGGUAAUAAAUUUACUUUUAUAUGAAUUGC